CGUGAGUGCAUCUCCGUCCACGUAGGUCAGGCUGGAGUCCAGAUUGGCAAUGCCUGCUGGGAGCUCUACUGCCUGGAGCAUGGGAUCCAGCCAGAUGGACAGAUGCCCAGUGACAAGACCAUCGGAGGAGGAGACGACUCCUUCAAUACCUUUUUCAGUGAGACUGGGGCUGGAAAGCAUGUCCCCAGGGCUGUGUUUGUGGACCUGGAGCCAACAGUCAUUGGUAAGAUUUCUGUUUCUCAUUUAAUUGAAAUAAAAGUAUGUCAAAGAGGAUUUCCUCUGCUUUCUUGCUAUUGAGCUCCUUAACGAGCUGUUAAUUUUCUCUCCUCAGAUGAGGUGCGCACUGGGACCUAUCGCCAGUUAUUCCAUCCUGAACAGCUCAUCACUGGCAAAGAAGAUGCUGCCAACAACUACGCUCGUGGACACUAUACUAUUGGCAAAGAGAUCAUUGACCUGGUACUGGACAGGAUCCGCAAACUGGUGGGUAUUUCAGAAUGAAUAAAUUCAAUAUUUUAUCAACUAUCUGAUCAUAAUGUGGACAUCUUCUUCUGUCCAUUUAUUGACAUGUUCCUCUUUCUCCUUAGGCUGACCAGUGCACAGGCCUUCAGGGCUUCCUGGUUUUCCAUAGCUUUGGAGGUGGCACCGGCUCUGGUUUCACUUCCCUGCUGAUGGAGCGCCUGUCGGUUGACUACGGCAAGAAGUCCAAGCUGGAGUUCUCCAUCUACCCAGCUCCCCAGGUGUCCACAGCUGUGGUGGAGCCCUACAACUCCAUCCUGACCACCCACACCACCCUAGAGCACUCUGACUGUGCCUUCAUGGUGGAUAAUGAGGCUAUCUAUGACAUCUGCCGUAGGAACCUCGACAUUGAGCGUCCUACCUACACCAACCUCAACAGGCUCAUUAGCCAGAUCGUUUCCUCCAUCACUGCUUCCCUUCGAUUUGAUGGUGCCCUCAAUGUUGAUCUGACAGAGUUCCAGACCAACUUGGUGCCCUAUCCCCGUAUCCAUUUCCCUCUGGCCACCUAUGCCCCAGUUAUCUCUGCAGAGAAGGCUUACCAUGAGCAGCUCUCUGUCUCUGAAAUCACCAAUGCCUGCUUUGAGCCGGCCAAUCAGAUGGUGAAAUGUGACCCUCGCCACGGCAAGUACAUGGCUUGCUGCCUUCUGUUCCGUGGUGAUGUGGUGCCCAAAGAUGUCAAUGCUGCCAUUGCCACCAUCAAGACCAAACGUUCCAUUCAGUUUGUUGACUGGUGUCCAACUGGUUUCAAGGUUGGCAUCAACUACCAGCCCCCCACUGUAGUCCCUGGUGGAGACCUGGCUAAAGUCCAGAGGGCUGUGUGCAUGCUGAGCAACACCACUGCUGUGGCAGAGGCCUGGGCUCGGCUUGACCACAAGUUUGACCUGAUGUACGCCAAACGUGCCUUUGUGCACUGGUAUGUGGGUGAGGGUAUGGAGGAGGGAGAGUUCUCUGAGGCCAGAGAGGACAUGGCAGCCCUGGAGAAAGAUUAUGAAGAGGUAGGGGUUGACUCCAUUGAGGGUGAGGGAGAGGAAGAGGGAGAAGAGUAUUGAGAUGCCCCUGCAGGCAAGCCAUUGUUAAACACUGUUACUGUUGCAUGAUCUUAUUAUGAUACCUAAUAAAACAUUGAAUUAAAUUAGCUAUUUGUGCUCUUUGACUUUAUUCACCACCUUAUCUUGACAAAAAGAA